UACCGUUGCUGUUGAAUAUUUCCCAAUAGAACGAUAGAAAUGAAGUUCGCUUCAAUCGAAUCGUUAUAUCUUGUUACCGCAUUAACCUACGUCCACACCACCUAUGUCGUCUAUCCGCCCAAGUACGAACUCAGUGAUUCUCAGACCACAGAGUUGAUGUCUUGCCUGGGACCAACGGAAAACGAAGCAGACCCGCAAAGUAAGUACGAGCCCAUCUGUGGCACGGACGGCUUCAGCUACUACAACAAACACCAGAUGAAAUGCCUUGCCAGGACCAUUCCGUCGGUGGCUUUCGCCUUCUACGGACGCUGCCCCAAUGAGCCGAUGUUCUUGCCUCUGGAGUCGGCUCGCGGAACGGAAUUGCUGGGUAAGCCGAAAGCGUUCGCCGACUUCCAGCACUGCUUGGAGACUUGCGCCGUUUUCCGGCCGGUUUGUGGCAACGACCUGAAGACCUACACCAGUCCGUGUGCGCUGGAGUGCGCCAAGGCUCACCGUCCGACGCUCGAACUCAAAGGAAACGGAUUCUGUCUGGAGGAUCAAUCGGUGGAUGGAAAGUGUCCGGAGAUUCUGCAGCCAUUCUGCGGAACGGAUGGAAUUACCUAUUUGAACUAUUGCCAUCUGAAGUUUGCCCAGUUGCAUGCGAAGGAGUUGCUACCGGCCCACAUGGGGGAUUGUGUGCGACGACUUAUAACGGUGAAAGGGGAACUUCCGAAUAAAAGGAAGAAAAGCGGAUGCGGAUGCGGUGGAGGAGGCGGUGGUUGCGGAGGAUGCGGAAAGUGAGCUGGAGGAAGAAUAAAUUAAAGUUAGCGUUGACUGUAUUUUCGAACAUGGUU